AUGGUUCAAGCUAAACAAUGGGUAAUGAAAGCCGCCCCAAUCCCUGGGAAGCCAUUCAAUUUCAACUUUAAGGAUGACAAGGCUACAUUCAAACUAAUUGAGAAGGAAUUAUCUGAGAAGGAUCUAUCUGACGGGGAUCUACUAGUGCAAACCUGCUAUUUGUCCAAUGAUCCUGCACAGAAAUUUUGGAUUGCCACAGUGGAUAAGAAUUACUCUGCUGGUGUUUCUCCAGGUGAAAUUAUUCCUGCAAGAGGGAUUGGAAAAGUAAUUGCGUCGAAGAAUGCCGGGUACCAAGUUGGUGACUACAUUAGUACAUACACUGGAUGGACUACACAUGUCGUCAUCACGAAGACCAAAUUGGACGAAGGAUUCUCAUCCAAGAUUUCCAAAGAUAAAGUAGGGGAAUUAUGGUGGUAUCUUUCUGUGUUUGGUGGUACUGCAUUGACCGCUUAUUUUAUUUUUUAUAAGUAUGCAGAAUUGCAAGAAAGAGAGGAGGAUUAUGGUAAAGUGUUUUUAAUCUCCGGUGCUGCUGGAGCCGUGGGUAAUGUAUGUAUUCAAUUAGCAGUUCACGCAUUCAAGGCUUCUAAAGUUAUUGCCAUUGCUGGUGGUGCCGAAAAGGUUAAAUAUGUGGAAUCCUUUGGUAAGAAUGUUGUUGGUGUAGAUUACAAGGACCCCAAUUUCAAGGAAAAUUUAAUGAAAGCAGCUGGUGGAGUCAAUACUGUUGAUUAUUUCAUUGACAAUGUUGGUGGUGAGAUUCUUGAUUUGGGUGUCAAUUUAUUGAAGCAAAAAGCCAUGUUAUUAGCCUGUGGUUCCAUUAGUGGGUAUAAUGAUUCUUCGAAACUGGUAUUUAAGAAUUAUGUCUCUGUUAUAACGAAGAGAUUAACCAUUAAAGGGUUAUUGUUGACUGACAACCUUAGUGAAUUCCCUCAAGGUAUGGCCAAAUUGCAAGAAUUAGUGCAAAAGGGAUCACUUGAUGUGGCUACCUCAGCAACUUUGAAGGAUGCCACGGGUGAUAAAUUCCAAGAAGUUCCAUUGAUUUGGGAUGGAUUAUUCAAGGGUACCAAUAAGGGUAAAUUGAUAACUAAGGUCUGUGACUGCUGUUAG